CUGCCCAUUUUAAAAGAAACCACCGUCAUUUACACUCACCGGCAGUUCGGCUCUCAGCUCUCAACUUUCCGAUGAUAAUGUCGAUCAAAACCCUUUUAACUCUUCGAUGACGAUGUCGAUCGAAACCACUAAAUCGAUUUUCCUGUCUUAGUACUUCGGCAGUUCGGCUCUCAACUCUCCGAUGACGAUGUCGAUCAAAACCCUUUUAACUCUCCGAUGACGAUGUCCGUCGAAACCCCUAAAUCGAUUUUCCCGGCGAUCAAUCUAUUGGUGUUCUUUCCAUUAUCUACUAGAGUACUAGAGUAGAAUUCUUGUAUGCAUUCUACCCUUCUUUUUUUACAAAAAUCAAGAAGUUGGUAUCAAAAAAAGAAACCCUAAACUAAUUUUCCCGCGGUUCUUAUCUGCUCAAGUAAUAGUACUGGUCUUCCCAGGUAUUGUUCCACCCACUAAUAAAGAGGUCUUCCCAGAUAUUCUUCCAUCCACUAAAAACGAGAAGGAAAAUUCUUGCGAUUUUUUAGAAAAAAAUUAAAGAAUUGUUGGCUUUUUGUAUUGACAUUGAUAUUCUUGUAGACAUAUUUUAAGAAAAUCAAGAAUUCUUGCAUGAAUAAUCUUAAAGAAAAAUUCAAGUACUUGUCGGUAUAGUUUAAGGAAAUCAAAGAAAGGGUAGUUUUCAAGAAUAUGACGUUGCGAAUAUUAACGAAAUUCAAUAAAUUCAAAAGAAUUGUGUUGUCAUUCUCUCAGCGGAUGUUAAGGAUGUUCAAGAAUUUGUUUGAACUUUUUUAGGGAGUCAAAAGAUGUACAUGCGAUGGGGAGUCAAAAGAAGGUAAAAGCAUUCCUGUUAUUUGUUGCUGACCUGAAUAAGAGCUGAAGUUUUCUAGUGCAUGUUUCAGUUAAUUAGUUUCAUUUCGUUCGCCCACUUUUCAAGAUUGUCCCGGUCUGCGUUCUAAUUAUUGAAAUUAUUAGAGAUCAAAUUGUCUCUUUCUAAGUCUCGUAGGCUAUAUAGUUGCAUCUUGCUUAUGUUCAGAUCUUGUAAUAGAAUUGUCAUGCCUGACAUAUUUAUUCAAAUUUUCAGAAUUUGCACGAACGAUAUCUCAAAGUUUCUUCGUUUAUGGGACAAAAUGGAGGGACUGCAGUCCAGAGAUUACAAUUGAGUACCUUAGCUAUAUCUCAUAUAUUUUUGUGACUUCUUCUCUAUUUUGUUAAGAUGAUGGUAUUUUUUCUUUUCCAAUAUGAGUUGCAGAGCGGUACUGAACAGAGUAUCUGAAGAUUCAGGAUUACUGUACUCAAUGUAACUUUUGCGUCUUGCAUAUUUUUGGUGAUUCAUUGGUUCCUUAUUCGACUGAUAAAACCUGGAGGAUGUCAAAGUUCUCCAACAGGCUGAUAAGAAGUUAAUUUCGACUGUGUCAAACACAACCCUUGUGAUGUGCCAUGCCAGAUGAUGAUUAAAAUUGAGACUGUUCAUGAUGUGCCAUUCAUGCUAGUUAAUUUGUCCUUGAGUGCUUGUUUGUGUUAAUAAUCAAUGAUGACAGAAAACAUGAGCUACUAAUUAAUGUUCUUUUACAUGGUGCAUAACCUAGAGCAGUAAGGAGACUACAUAAUUCUCAAGAAGCUAUCUUCUGGGAGCUUUCACAGCCGUCAUUCCAUAAGUAUGAUCAAUCUUCCACCCCAAGUUGUGGGGACGGUGUAUUUUCUGUUGAAAGGCCAAAUGUGAAAAGGAAACUUGUUAACAUCUGGAAUAGCAAAUUAGAAGCUCAAGGGGGGAAAUGCACAGGUCCACACGAUGGGCAGUCAAAAGAAGAAUUUGCACCAAUAAAAACUCGAAGUUUCUUAGAUUCUGGUAUAAAAUAGUGGGGACUCCCUAGAGAUUACAGUUGAGUACUUUAGCUAUAUCUCGGAUGUUUUUGCGACUUCUUCUCUAUUUUGUUAAGAUGAUGGACUUCUAUCUUUCCCAAUAUGAGAUGCAGAGCGGUACUGGAGCAGAUAAUCUUAAGAAUCAGGAUACUAUACUGAGUGUCACUUCUGGCGUGUUGCAUUUCAUUGGUUCCUGAUACCAUUGAUAAAAACUGCCUUAAGGGUGCCAAAGUUCUCGAACAGGUUGAUAAGAAGUUUAUUCCGAUUGUGGCAAGCACAGCACCUGCUAUAAUUGAUCAGAUAUAUUUUGUUAUUGCAUAGUCCAUUAUGGCCAUUCUUGGUUUCUGAGUGCAUGAACAAGUAUAUUCUGUAGUUACUUUUUUCAAACAUGGUAUCUUCAUCACUAUUAACAAAUGAUGAUAUAGGCUUAUACAGGUAAAAUUCCGUAUAAGCCUAUCUGAUGCAUGAGUCGACUGUUGUUUGCUAAUAAGGAAUUUCUCUUAGGAUUUUUCUCUUUGCAGUCAUUGUUGGUGAUGUAUUUUACAACGAACCAGUUCGAACCAAAAGAAGGUCUUGCAUUCUCUGGAAGAGUCUCUGCUGAGAGUCACCCUUGUGCAACCAGUGUCUCCUUCAAAAUUGCUGAUAUUGAAAGUGAGGAUGACCUGCUUUGCACAUGUACCUCUCAUUCUCCAUUGCCAAAAUUGUCCAGUGGGUUUGGGAUUCAUCUGACCUCCCUUAACAAAUUGAAUGCAAGUGAUGGUUCAUUCAAGCUCUCAGGAUACAUUUCAGGUCCUGAUUUUUACUCAAUGAACGUCUAAAGGCCCAAAUUGAUGGAUAAGAGAUGUGAUAAGAUUGGCACCUCGUCCUUCUCUUUAUUGAGGAUACUGUCACGAAUCUCUGAACUGUAAGUACCGAUAUUCUUGAGAUCAGUUGAAGGCAGGUGUAGAGCUCGGAGUUGCAAAGCUACACUUGAACUUCUUUCCCUACUGCCAAAGAAACUGACUGGAGAGUGCUCUGUCAGAGAGAUAUUCAAUCUUCUUCUGAUAUUCUGAAAAGCAUGAUCCUGGGUCCAGAUUCCUCUGUCAGAUUGAAAGUUCAAGUCAGUCAAUUAUGGAUCUCUUGCUCAUUGCACAGCCGGUGUAAACUGGAGAUCUGUUGAUGAUGGAACAUCUUUUGAUAUUGAUGAAGAUAUAUUAAGUUUGAAAAAGUGACUACAGUACUAAACGAAGUUGCCAUGGAGAUGGUGUUGAAUUUAAAGCAGUUGAUAAUAUUUACCAGAUACUAUAUCAAAAGAUUUUGAAAAUUAUCCAGGUGCAAAACUAAGGCAUUGCAGUAUCCAGAAAAAUCUUCAUUGACCAAGGACAUCUUAUGGAUCAUGAAUAGUAGUUGGAGUAGUUCAUUCCGAAUUUAUCAUAUUAAUAAUUUUGACAAUACUCAGGAGAUCAUCCGUCUACCUAUGAAGUUUCUUAUUCUCUGUAUCACCGUUUCUAUCUUAUUCCAACACUGUUCUUGCCUAAAGAUUGGAGAAACUUGUACCGACAGUAAUUGUGAUGAAGGAUUAGUGUGCUCUACUUGUCCUGCUAAUGGCAAUACCCGACCCAGAUGUACUCGCAUUCAACCCACUAUUCCUACCACCAAGGUAAAAGGUUUGCCAUUCAACAAGUAUUCGUGGCUGACGACCCACAACUCCUUUGCAAUUUCCGGGUCAACAUCUGCAACUGGGUCUGAUAUUCUUGCUCCGACCAACCAGGAAGAUUCGAUUACUAAUCAGCUCAAGAAUGGCGUUCGAGGACUUAUGCUUGAUAUGUAUGAUUUCAACAAUGACAUCUGGCUUUGUCACUCAUUUGGUGGGAAGUGUUACAAUGUUACAUCAUUUCAACCUGCAAUCAAUUCACUGAAAGAAAUUCAAGGGUUCCUCGAAAAGAACCCAUCAGAGGUCGUCACAAUCUUCAUUGAAGACUAUGUCUCAACCCCAAAGGCCUUGAGCAAGGUUUUUAAUGAUUCUGGUCUUAAUAAGUACUGGUUUCCAAUUUCUCGUAUGCCCAAAAAAGGAGAAGAUUGGCCUACAGUGGAUGACAUGGUCAAGCAGAAUCAACGUCUAGUAGUCUUCACCUCUAAAUCAUCAAAGGAGGCUUCUGAUGGCAUUGCUUAUGAGUGGAGAUACGUUGUAGAAAACCAAUAUGGAAAUGACGGGAUGAAAGAAGGUUCUUGUCCAAGUCGUUCUGAAUCAUCUGCUUUGAGUACAUCGGGAAUCUCUUUGGUUCUGCAGAACUAUUUUCCUGAUAAUCCCAACAAAACAGAAUCUUGUUUGGAUAAUUCUGCUCCGCUAGUUACUAUGACAAAGACUUGCUUUGAAGCAGCUGGCAAAAGGUGGCCUAAUUUUAUUGCUGUUGAUUUUUAUCAGCGAAGUGAUGGUGGUGGAGCUCCAGAAGCUGUAGAUCAAGCGAACGGCCAAUUAACUUGUAACUGUAGCAGCAUUGCCUAUUGCAAGGUAAAUGGUACAUCACGCAAAUGCGAGGCACCAGUGUUGUCACCCCCACCACCAGCGCGAGUAGCAUCUACAGGAACACCACAAGAUAGCAACAAUAAAUCUUAUUCAAACAGAAGUAAACCACUUCAUUGGUUGAUUUGCACAAUUUUUGCCGCGAUUCUUCUUAUCCACGUAUAAUUCUGCAUUCUCCAAAGUCUCUACUCAAAUUUUCAGACCAGACACACUUCAUAACACGGGAGCAGAAUGACACGAUCCUCCUUAUCUUUUAUUUAUUUUUUAUUUAUCUUGUGUUUACUGGUUGAGUUUCUUCACUUAUCGGAGAUUGAUUGAUGUGUUUACAAUUAAAAUGUGUAUAGACACAUAAUGGCACAAUGAAAUGAAACGGAAAAUUGAAUUGUUCAAUCU